AUGGCGGCGGCGUUUACCGGUGGCUCUCAGCAGAUAGUGCGGGAGGUGGUGCUGCGCUCGGCGCUUCGCCCGCCCACCUCGGGCUGCUGGGGCUGCUUGCCUGGAGGGAAGCGGUAUCUGCUAACAGACAGUGAUAUAAAGUUACAAGAAUUUCAGCGGACGAAAGUGGCAAUUAGAAAUGAAGUUCAUGGCAAUAAAGAUCCAUAUUUUGAAAGUAUUAAAGAAAAACUAAAGAAAAACGAAACGAUUCUCAAAAAUGAAUUAAAAACUUUACUGCAUUUGUGCCAGAAUUCAUCUGAUGUGGAAUUAGCCAGAAAAGUUAUUUACAGGUACCAUGAACAGAAUGGAAUCACAGCCUUACAUAAUUUUAAAUUUGGGCCCCUCUUUAUGAGGCUAUGUUAUGAGUUGGACCUUGAAAGACCUGCAGUAGAACUUAUCAAAGAUCAGAAUUUGCGUGGUUUUUUCUCAGAGAGUGCAUCAUUCCAUAUUUUGAUGACUAUGUUAUUUAAAAAGGGCAAUUUUGAAAGUGCUUUGGAAGUCCUGGUAGAAAUGAAAAAACAAGGUAUACCUUUCAACAAGGAAACCUAUCUGCUUGCAUUUGCAAUAUGUUACAAAUUGGACAGCAUGGAGUCAUGCAAAAUCUCUGAGAAACUGCUUGAGGAAGCACAGCUAAAGGGUGAUGUGUUACCAUUGCGAGCAUUCUGCUUUGCUGUUGCAACUGCUCUGAAGCAGAAUGAUGUAGCACAAGCCAAAUUUCAUUGUUCCCAGAUAAUGAAAACAGAGAAUAAUUUAUACAAUAACCUUAAAGUUCUUGUCCAGCUCAGAUCUGGUUCUCUAGAAGAAGUAAUAAAGACAUUAGAGGCAGCAAUAGAAGUGGAUAUUCCUCCCUUUGUGAAAAAAAUCAAGUUUUCUGAGCAGGUGCUGGCUACAAUCAAGGAAAAGAUGGAAGAAAACUCUGACCUUUCUGCCAAAUUAGAAGAUAUUUGUAUGAAACUACAAGCUUCAGGACAGAUAACUACAUGCACGCUGGAAGAUAUGCUUUUCCAGAUUCCUAAUUCAAAGAAGACCCCUGCAAAGCCUUUGAAUCAAAAGCAAUUGGGCUAUCAGACUGCUAAACCUCUUCAGUUGAAUCUGUUCUUGGAAUAGUUCAAUAUUUGACGGUAAACUGAACCACUGUUAGCAACUCUUAGAGGCUAGGUUCUUCAUCUCUCCUCUACAAUGAGCAAUUGUUUGUGUUGUUUAUGUGAAACUGCAUCUUAAGUGCAAGUCAUGUAGCUUCCACGUUUCAGUUUUGAUGCUAAUGCCAAGCCAUUGAUGCAGGAAUCUAAUAACUUCUUAGACACCGUUGUGCAUAAGAAGCAGCAUUUCUUGUGAUUCGCUGCUGAAGGCACAUUGUUGGACCACUCUCACAGCACCUGAGCAUAUGGUUUACUCUUACAAAGUCACACCUCUCUAAAACAAUUUGUGUCUUCUCUCUAGUGCAUAAUCAUGGGUCACGAUUCAGCAAAACAUUUCGGUAUCUGCACCUGCCAACUCAUUAGAGUGUCUCCAAACCCUCUCCUCAUACUACCUUUCAUGGCACUAUAGGCACUUUGAUGUUUUUUCCAGCCGCUUUUAGUUCCCAACAAAUAAAAUGUUCUAUAAACAUCCUUACCUAUCUUCUAUAUUGAUUAGGAGGCGAAGUAAGAGUUCAAAAACAACUUGUGACAAAAUCAGCAUGUUCCAACAGUUGGUGAAAAACAUGUGAAAAACAUCCUGUGACCAAACAAUGCAAUAAGAAACUCAAGGUCCUCAUGAAACAAAGAAGAAGAAAGAAACAAUCCUGAGUGCUGCUCAGGCAUCACUCUUCAAAAUGCAGGCAUGCCCAAGGCCUUUGAAAUGCCAGCCUAAGAUACCACCAUGACAAUGGGUGUUAGUGUGCUGUUCAGAACUGGGGUGACAAUGGUUUGAAAUUUUAAUUCAGACACUUAAAUUGUUUUUUUUCUUAUGCUAAAUGUCUUUACAGAAAUGAACAAAAUAGUAUGUGUAGCUGACCUAACUUCUGUGAUUCAUAAUUCAGUCUUCAGCAGAUGUAACGUUCUGACUGAAAGUCUAAAUAAAAAGUA